GGGUUGAGCGCCCUGGCACACCAUUCCAUAUGACUUAUGGUACGGAGUUAUGGGCGAUGACCAAAUCGUUGCCUUUCGGCAGGUAUCUGACAUACAUUCUAUUGGCUAUAGACCACGUUAAUGGAUUCCGUGUAGACAAUGUACCUGGCGGCAUCCAGAGGAGAUUCGGUGUCCUAAGGAGUGACCACAUCGACGAGAUGAUGUUUGAAUGUGGGAUAUACAAUGAAAAUCUACGAUUUCCUCGCAAUGUGGACUCCGUUUUGAAUCCUCAUGCGCCACGUGAUCCUGCUGCUCAGGCUAGAUUGGAGCAGAUGAGUUUGGAGUUGACCAAGGACCAGUUAGCGAAGUACAAGCAGCGUAAGGAAUAUCUUCGCAUAAAUCUACCUAUAUCUGGUGAAGUUUCUAGGCCUAAGGGUGGUUAUUUACAGGACAUAUACUGUAUCCUUGAGGAGCACAACCGUGAACUGCUUGAGAAUGAACUCUACAAGAAAGGUAGCUCGGGUUCCGGGCAGAUGGACAUUGACAAGCUUAGGAAGCUAGUGCUUCCUACUCAGUUGUAUCGCAUUUUUGAUAACCCUGAGGUUAUCAAACGCUGGCGUUUGUUUGCAAACGCUGUGAAAUCAACAUCACCAUUGGUCCCUGGCCACGUUUCUACGGUUACACUCUCAGAGACACAUCGCAAGCUACUUGUAGAGGAAAUACGUAAGAACAACGUAUUUGGCAUUGCAAUUGCCUUUAUACACCCUCCAGAGAACCCUGAGAGCGAGGUGGAAAUAUCUCAACACGCUUCCAUGUGUGAGUUCGUUGACAUCACUGACCUUGACACCAGUGGGUCGAUAGUAGUAAGGGCUGUUCAAAGGUUGAACAUUCUGAAGAUGCACGAUUCCGAUGACCCAGUUGUGCUCGCUGACGUAUCGCUACUGGAAGAUGACCAUCUUCCUUUCAAGAACGCUGUUGUUACGCACGAAAACGCAAGAACAGUGGGCAAGCUUUACGACCGCUGUAACAUGGAUGAAGCCUACCUCAGCAAACUAUCUGGUCGCAAGGCAGACUUUGAGUUAAUAAGUGCGCGUGAGAAAUUCCAGGACAAAUUGGAGCACAUGAUUCGGGAUGUGCCUGUGGACGGGAAGCACGAGUACCGCAUAAUGGAGCUGACUAGUUUCAUUGCUUUGGAAUUCCACGCUGACGUUGAGACACGUAUGUGGGCUGCCAAUAUUCGUGACACUGAAGAACGGCUUGCGUGUGCUAACACGGUAUUACAUGAGAAAUCAUCAUAUUUAAAGCGGAAGAUAGCUGAGAUGUCAGGUCCUCCUAAACCUCUGACUACCUCUGAUUUGCUAGAUGGCUGAUCUAUUCAUCGUGAAAUGCAAAUACCUGCAUAAAACAAUGAAAACGUGC